GAUGCGCGCCCCGCCGGCCGGGAGGCGGGAGUCCGCGAGCCGGGAGCCGGAGCAGCAGAGGUCUAGCCGCCGGGCGCCGCGGGCCGGGGGCCUGAGGAGGCCACAGGACGGGCGUCUUCCCGGAGAGUGGAGCCCGGCGCGGGGCCCGCUGCGGCCGCACCGUGAGGGGAGGAGGCCGAGGAGGACGGGGCGCCGGCCGCCGGCGAGAGGAGGCGCUCCACCAGGGCCCCCGACGGCGCUCGUUUAACCACAUCCGCGCCUCCGCUGGAAACGCUUGCUGGCGCCUGUCAUCGGUUCCCUCCAUUUUGAAAGGGAAAAAGGCUCUCCCCACCCAUUCCCCUGCCCCUAGGAGCUGGAGCCGGAGGACCCGCGCUCAUGGCGUUCAGCCCGUGGCAGAUCCUGUCCCCCGUGCAGUGGGCGAAAUGGACGUGGUCUGCGGUACGCGGCGGGGCCGCCGGCGAGGACGAGGCCGGCGGGCCCGAGGGCGACCCCGAGGAGGAGGACUCGCAAGCCGAGACCAAGUCCUUGAGUUUCAGCUCGGAUUCUGAAGGUAAUUUUGAGACCCCUGAAGCUGAAACCCCGAUCCGAUCACCUUUCAAGGAGUCCUGUGAUCCAUCACUCGGAUUGGCAGGACCUGGGGCCAAAAGCCAAGACGGAGUUUCGCUCUUGUUGCCCAGACUGGAGUGCAGUGGCGCGAUUUCAGCUCACUGCAACCUCUGCCUCCCAGGUUCAAGCGAUUCUCCUGUUUCAGCCUCCCAAGAAACUGAAAUUACAGAAUCACAAGAAGCUGAUGAACAGCUUGUAGCAGAAGUGGUUGAAAAAUGUUCAUCUAAGACUUGUUCUAAACCUUCAGAAAAUGAAGUGCCACAGCAGGCCAUUGACUCUCACUCAGUCAAGAAUUUCAAAGAAGAACCUGAACAUGAUUUUAGCAAAAUUUCCAUCGUGAGGCCAUUUUCAAUAGAAACGAAGGAUUCCACGGAUAUCUCGGCAGUCCUCGGAACAAAAGCAGCUCAUGGCUGUGUAACUGCAGUCUCAGGCAAGGCUCUGCCUUCCAGCCUGCCAGACGCCCUCCAGGACGAGGCGAUGACAGAAGGCAGCAUGGGGGUCACCCUCGAGGCCUCUGCAGAAGCUGAUCUAAAAGCUGGCAACUCCUGUCCAGAGCUUGUGCCCAGCAGAAGAAGCAAGCUGAGAAAGCCCAAGCCUGUCCCCCUGAGGAAGAAAGCAAUUGGAGGAGAGUUCUCAGACACCGACGCUGCUGUGGAGGGCACAUGUCUCCCCAAGGCAUCCUACCACUUCAGUCCUGAAGAGCUGGAUGAGAACACAAGUCCUUCUUUGCUAGAAGGUGCCAGGUUCCAGAAAUCUCCCCCUGACCUUAAAGAAACUCCCGGCACUCUCAGUAGUGACACCAACGACUCAGGGGUUGAGCUGGGGGAGGAGUCGAGGAGCUCACCUCUCAAGCUUGAGUUUGAUUUCACAGAAGAUAUGGGAAACAUAGAGGCCAGGAAAGCCCUUCCAAGGAAGCUUGGCAGGAAACUGGGUAGCAAACUGAUUCCCAAGAUACAAAAAGAUGGCAUCAGUAAGUCAGCAGGUUUAGAACAGCCUAUAGACCCAGUGGCACGAGACGGGCCUCUCUCCCAAACAUCUUCCAAGCCAGAUCCUAGUCAGUGGGAAAGCCCCAGCUUCAACCCCUUUGGGAGCCACUCUAUUCUGCAGAACUCCCCACCCCUCUCUUCUGAGGGCUCCUACCACUUUGACCCAGAUAACUUUGACGAAUCCAUGGAUCCCUUUAAACCAACUACGACCUUAACAAGCAGUGACUUUUGUUCUCCCACUGGUAAUCACGUUAAUGAAAUCUUAGAAUCACCCAAGAAGGCAAAGUCGCGUUUAAUAACGACUACUGAACAAGUGAAAUUUCUCUGUUUUCUGUUGAGUGGCUGUAAGGUGAAGAAGCAUGAAACUCAGUCUCUCGCCCUGGAUGCAUGUUCUCAGGAUGAAGGGGCAGUGAUCUCCCAGAUUUCAGACAUUUCUAAUAGGGAUGGCCAUGCUACUGAUGAGGAGAAACUGGCAUCCACGUCAUGUGGUCAGAAAUCAGCUGGGGCCGAGGUGAAAGGUGAGCCAGAGGAAGACCUGGAGUACUUUGAAUGUUCCAAUGUUCCUGUGUCUACCAUAAAUCAUGCGUUUUCAUCCUCAGAAGCAGGCAUAGAGAAGGAGACGUGCCAGAAGAUGGAAGAAGACGGGUCCACUGUGCUUGGGCUGCUGGAGUCGUCUGCAGAGAAGGCCCCUGUGUCGGUGUCCUGUGGAGGUGAGAGCCCCCUGGAUGGGAUCUGCCUCAGCGAAUCAGACAAGACAGCCGUGCUCACCUUAAUAAGAGAAGAGAUAAUCACUAAAGAGAUUGAAGCAAAUGAAUGGAAGAAGAAAUAUGAAGAGACCCGGCAAGAAGUUUUGGAGAUGAGGAAAAUUGUAGCUGAAUAUGAAAAGACUAUUGCUCAAAUGAUUGAAGAUGAACAAAGGACAAAUAUGACCUCCCAGAAGAGCUUCCAGCAACUGACCAUGGAGAAGGAACAGGCCCUGGCUGACCUUAACUCUGUGGAAAGGUCCCUUUCUGAUCUCUUCAGGAGAUAUGAGAACCUGAAAGGUGUUCUGGAAGGGUUCAAGAAGAAUGAAGAAGCCUUGAAGAAAUGUGCUCAGGAUUACUUAGCCAGAGUUAAACAAGAGGAGCAGCGAUACCAGGCCCUGAAAAUCCACGCAGAAGAAAAACUGGACAAAGCCAAUGAAGAGAUUGCUCAGGUUCGAACAAAAGCAAAGGCUGAGAGUGCAGCUCUCCAUGCUGGACUCCGGAAAGAGCAGAUGAAGGUGGAGUCCCUGGAAAGGGCCCUGCAGCAGAAGAACCAAGAAAUUGAAGAACUGACAAAAAUCUGUGAUGAGCUGAUUGCAAAGCUGGGAAAGACUGACUGAGACACUCCCCCUGUUAGCUCAACAGAUCUGCAUUUGGCUGCUUCUCUUGUGACCACAAUUAUCUUGCCUUAUCCAGGAAUAAUUGCCCCUUUGCAGAGAAAAAAAAAAAAUUUUAAAAAAAGCACAUGCCUACUGCUGCCUGUCCCGCUUUGCUGCCAAUGCAAGAGCCCUGGAAGAAACCCUAGAGGGUCGCAUAGUCUAGAAAGGAGUGUGACCUGACAGUGCUGGAGCCUCCCAGUUCCCCGUAUGAAGGUUCCCUUAGGCUGCUGAGUUUGGGUUUGUGAUUUCUUUAUCUUUAGUUCCUUUUAAAGUCAUCUUUACUUUCCCAAAUGUGUUAAAUUUGUAACUCCUCUUUGGGGUCUUCUCUACCACCUGUCUGAUUUUUUUGUGAUCUGUUUAAUCUUUUAAUUUUUUAAUAUCAGUGGUUUUAUUUAAGGAGACAGUUUGGCCUAUUGUUACUUCCAAUUUAUAAUCAAGAAAGGGCUCUGGGUCCCCUUUUAAAUUACACACACUCUCACACACAUACAUGUAUAUUUAUAGAUGCUGCUGCUCUUUUCCCUGAAGCAUAGUCAAGUGAGAACUUCUCUACAGAAGGACAUAUUUCCUUGGAUGUGAGACCCUAUUUUGAAAUAGAGUCCUGACUCAGAACACCAACUUAAGAAUUUGGGGGAUUAAAGAUGUGAAGACCACAGUCUUGGGUUUUCAUAUCUGGGGAAGACUAUUUGCCAUGACGUUUUGUUGCCCUGGUAUUUGGACACUCCUUAGCUUUAAUGGGUGUGGCCCCUUCGGGGUUAGUCCUCAGACUGAUGGUAGUGUCUGCUUUCUGCAUGAACGGCAAUAUGGGACUUCCUCCAAGCUAGGGUUUGGCAAAUCUGCCCUAGAGUCAUUUAGUUUCCUCUGCCUCCAUUUGUUAAUACAGAACAUUUAGUCUUCAUUAUCUUUUUUUUUUUGUUUGAGACAGAGUUUCGAUCUAUUUUAAAUAUGUGAAGAAAAUCUACUUGUAAAAGGCUCAGAUCUUAAUUAAAAGGUAAUUGUAGCACAUUACCAAUUAUAAGGUGAAGAAAUGUUUUUUUCCCAAGUGUGAUGCAUUGUUCUUCAGAUGUUGAAAAGAAAGCAAAAAAUACCUUCUAACUUAAGACAGAAUUUUUAACAAAAUGAGCAGUAAAAGUCACGUGAACCACUCCAAAAAUCAGUGCAUUUUGCAUAUUUUUAAACAAGGACAGCUUGAAUACUGAGAAGAGGGGUGCAAGGAGAAGGUCUGUACUAACAAAGUCAAAUUCCUCAAGCUCUUACUGGACUCAGUUCAGAGUGGUGGGCCAUUAACCCCAACAUGGAAUUUUUCCAUAUAAAUCUCAAUGAAUUCCCUUUCAUUUGAAUAGGCAAACCCAAAUCCAUUCAAGUGUUUUAAAGCACUCUCCUGUCUUAAUCUUACACCCUGAAAGUCUUCAUGGUGAUAUGCACUAUAUUCAGUAUAUGUAUGUUUUCCUACUUCUCUUGUAAAACUGUUGCAUGAUCCAACUUCAGCAAUGAAUUGUGCCUAGUGGAGAACCUCUAUAGAUCUUAAAAAAUGAAUUUUUCUUUAGUGUAUUACUCACGUGGGUGCAAUCUUUAGCCCCAGGGAGGUCAAUAAUGUCUUUUAAAGCCAGAAGUCACAUUUUACCAAUAUGCAUUUAUCAUAAUUGGUGCUUAGGCUGUAUUUUCAAGCCUAUUAUCUUAACAUUUUGUAUAAAAAAGAACAACAGAAAUUAUCUGUCAUUUGAGAAGUGGCUUGACAAUCAUUUGGGCUUUGAAAGCAGUCACUGUGGUGUAAAAUGAAUGCUGUCCUAGUGGUCAUAGUACCAAGGGCACGUGUCUCCCCUUGGUAUAACUGAUUUCCUUUUUAGUCCUCUACUGCUAAAGAAGUUAAUUUUGCAUUUUGCAGAAAGAAACAUUGAUUGCUAAAUCUUUUUGCUGCUGUGUUUUGGUGUUUUCAUGUUUACUUGUUUUAUAUUGAUCUGUUUUAAGUAUGAGAGGCUUAUAGUGGCCUCCACUGUAAAUCCAUAGUCAUCUUUUUAAGCUUAUUGUGUUUAAGAAAGUAGCUAUGUGUUAAACAGAAGUGACGGCAGCCCUUCCCUAGCACACUGGUGGAAGAGACCCCUUGAGAACCUGACCCCAGUGAAUGAAGCUGAUGCACAGGGAGCACCAAAGGACCUUCGUUAAGUGAUACUUGCCCUGGCCUCUCAGCCAUGACUGUUAUGAGGAAAUAUCCCCCAUUCUAACUUAACAGAUAUCUCCUCUCCAAAGAGAAUUAAAAUCGUAGCUUGUACAGAUCAAGAGAAUAUACUGGGCAGAAUGAAGUAUGUUUGUUUAUUUUUCUUUAAAAAUAAAGGGUUUUGGAACUCUGGAGAGUAAGAAUAUAGUAUAGAGUUUGCCUCAACACAUGUGAGGGCCAAAUAACAUGCUAGCUAGGCAGUAAUAAACUCUGUUACAGAAGAGAAAAAGGGCCGGGCACAGUGGCUUAUUCCUGUAAUCUCAACACUGUGGAAGGCCAAGGCAGGAGGAUCACUUGAGUCCAGGAGUUUGAAACCUACCUAGGCAACAUGACGAAACCUCGUCUCUACCAAAAAUAUAAAAAUUAGCUGGGCAUGGUGGCAUGUGCCUGUGCCCAGCUACUUGGGAGGCUGAGGUGGGAGGAUCGCUUGAGCCUGGGAGGUCAAGGCUGCAGUGAGCCAUGAUCAUGCCACUGUACUCCAUCCUGGGUGACAGCAAGAUCUUGUCUCAAAAAAACAAACAAACAAACAACCAGGAGUGAAAAAGGAAAGUAGAAGGCAACUGUUGGCCUAGAUGGUGGUUUGGGAAUAUUAGGUGAUCCUGUUGAGAUUCUGGAUCCAGAGCAAUUUCUUUAGCUUUUGACUUUGCCAAAGUGUAGAUAGCCUUUAUCCAGCAGUAUUUUAAUUGGGGAAUGCAACGUGAGGCCAGCUGAACAAUUCCCCCCGUGGCUGCCCAGAUAGUCACAGUCAAGGUUGGAGAGUCUCCUUCCAGCCAGUGACCUACCCAAACCUUUUGUUCUGUAAAACUGCUCUGGAAAUACCAGGAAGCCCCGUUUUCUCACGUGGUUUCUAGCUUCUUCAGACUCAGCCCAAGUUAGGAAGUGCAGAAGCACAUGAUGGUGAAAAAUCUAGGAUUUGGCAGCCUUCCAGAAUGGUAUGGAAUCUGAGGGAAGAUUUAUGUUUCGUUUUGGAGGAUAGCUCAAGUUGAAUUUUCUUUCCAGCCAGUUACCCUUUCAACCUACCCAUACUUUGUACAACUCUCACACAAAUACUUAGAUAUUUAUUAGACAGCCCUGAAUUCGCUCUAAUUAUAAACAGGGAGAGUAAACUGCCCCCAAAUGUUCCUGGGCUGGGUAAAAGCAGCUGGAGUGAAGCAUUCAUUUUCCAUAAAGGUAACAAAGGGUGGCUCAGUAGUUACUCAAGCUCAAAAGGGUUUUUUAAGAGCAGGCAUUGGUUAAGUCUGUGUAUACUGAGUUGGAAGUGAUUUCAGCACAUUCUUUUUUAGUGGAGUAAAAGUUCUGAAGCCCCCUUUUAACUUCUUUUGGUUUUUCAUUAUAAUUGGUAGCCAUCUCAUGAACUGUCUCUGACUGUUGUCUCUUUGCGGUCAUGUGAUUGUGAGCUUGCUCUCUGACUUGCAUUUCUGACUUUAUCCUAUUGUUGGGAAGAUAGAAACUAGGUUUUGAAAGAUUACAUGAUUCAAGCGAGGGAUUUUAAAGUAAAGAUGUAUAUAUUCUGAAGAAUCUAAAAGAUAACAGAUUAUUUGCUUAUGAAGGAACAAUAUAGUCUGGGAAUCCCAGAAUGUCAAGCCAAAGGUCUAAGAAGUCAUCUUCAAAUACUUUAAUAAAGAAGUAUUUCGAGGAGAUAUCUGUCCAAAAAGGUUUGACUGGCCUCCAGAUUACAGUUAUUUUUAAAAAGCAAUUUACCACUAAAUCCUUGAGUCUCCAUAGAGUAACAGUAAAGAAACUGAUGUAACAGACUCUCCUCUCAAAGGAUCUCCUCUGGAAGAGAGUAUCAGCAGCAGCAUUGUCCAGGGAAGACCCAUCCCCUAGUGCCAGAGCUUGCAUCCUGGAGACUAAAGAUUGCACUUUUCGUAGUUUUUCGUCCAAAUGCAAUCCCAUUUCUGUGCCUCUUAGCAUGCAGUUAGAUUUGGACAAACAAGAUUCCUAAGGAAUGACUUUAUUAACUAUAAUAUGGUUACAGCUAUUAUAUAAAUAUAUAUUCUGGUUAUAGUUCUAAUAUGGAGAUGUUGCGUGCAAUGCUGGCCCGUGGUGGUCUGUGUAAUGCUUUAACUUGUAUGGAGGAGGCCAGGCUCAGAGCUGAGAUGUGGCCUGAACCUUCCCUGUAUCGAUCCUUUAAUUUAGAACUGUCAAGUUGCCACUUUCUCCCCCUCUGCCUUUUAGUGGUAUCUGAAAUAUACACAAAACAGUAAUUUCCUGGUCACAUCAUUAACUGCUAAUUCUGUAUUUAUAAAGAAUUUUCAGAUGGACAUGUACAAAUUUGAACUCAAACCAUCCCCAGUCCAGAUACAGGGCAGCGUGUAGGUGACCACACCAGAGCCUCAGCCUCGGUCCUUCUCAGCUGUCGAGAUAGGAUCCAGGCAUUUCUUUUAAAUCUCAGAGGUAGCAGUAAACUUUUCAGUAUUGCUGUUAGCAAGUGUGUGUUUGCCGAUAGAUAUCCAUUAUACUAAUGUGCCAAGUAAAUGUUCAUUGCACAUCUGCUUCCACUGUGUCCCCACGGGUGCCAUGAAGUGUGUGAGGAGCCCCUCAUCUGGAGGGAUGAGCGCUGCGUUGACUACUGCUAUCAGGAUUGUGUUGUGUGGAAUAUUCAUCUACAUAAAUUUUAUAUGCACAGUAAUUUCCCUUUUUAUAUGUCAAGUAACUAUUUGUAAAAGUUAUACUCACAAAUUAUUAUAAUGAUUACUAAUAUAUUUUUUCCAUGUUUCAUUGCCUGAAUAAAAACUGUUUACCACUGUUA